AUGACUCCAACUGUGCCACCCUCUAGCAGCGCGAAGAGCCGAUUGGUUGGGCUCGACGUCAUGCGAGGCAUAACGAUGGCUGUGAUGCUGGUUGUGGACGUCGCUGGCGAUGCAUAUCCCAGCAUUGGACAUGCUGCCUGGGAUGGUUUACACCUCGCAGAUUUCGUGAUGCCUUACUUCCUGCUCAUCUCCGGCAUCAGUGCAGCACUCUCUCCGGUUCACCCAAUGCAGCGUGCUUCAGUGCUUGGCCGGGUGCUCUUGCGGUCCCUGAGGCUCUUCCUUGUAGGUCUUGCCGUGCAGGGCAGUGCCUUUCAUGUGACCAAGGCAGGUCCACUUCUUGUUUUUGAUCUCGCCACCUUCCGCGUGAUGGGCAUUCUGCAGCGAAUUGCGGUGGUGUUUCUUGCAGUCAUGAUCAUUGAUCUUUACAUCCCUGGCUCCCGCAGUAGAGCCAGUGACAGUGAGCUGCUUCACCAGCAGUCUGCAGGACACCGCUUUGAUCUGGGUCUUCGGCUUCUUGCGGAUUCGCGGUGGCAGUGGGCAGUCGUGCUCCUGAUCGUCGGGCUCGGCGGUCUGCUCACUUACGUAGUGAAACCCCCGGCUUCCUGGCCUGCCUGUUCCGGCGUGCUCUUUGGGCCUGACGAUCCAGAGAUUCUGCGCAAGAUGGGAUGUAGCAGCGUGGGCUGGCUGGACAGCUGUGUGUUGGGCAUCAACCAUCUUUACAUUGUCGGAAACAAUGUGAGUCCAACUGCUGCGGCAAACUUCGGCUUCGACCCUGAGGGCAUGGUGACGACUUUGAGCGCGGUGUUGCCCAUGUUCUUGGGUCUACACAUUGGGCACGCCUGGAGACUGCUGAAGUCUGCGGAAGAGGUCAUUGUACACUGGACAAUGCUAGCAGCGUUUUGCACAGUGGCGGGAAUUUCCAUGUCGGGCUGGCUGCCUUUCAACAAGCGGCUUUGGUCGCCCUCAUACAGCUUCUUCACCUCCGGCACUGCCAUCCUCAUGUAUGCGCUGCUUUACUUCGCCUGCGACGUCUUGGCACAGCGCCCAAGUUUCUGGGGACGAGCAGCUCUUCGCUUCGCCCCGCUUUACGCACCUUUCCGCUGGUGCCUCGCCUGCAUACUCUUCUUCGUGCUGUCAGAAGGCCUUCAACUGCACGACGGCAUGUGGACCAGCCGAUGCUGUCUAUGCUCUCGUCGGCCUUGCAUUCUGGGUGCUGGUUUGCGGCUUCUUGCACCGCAGAGGUAUAUUUUGGAAGAUAUGAUGCGAGAAAGUUGGCAAAAGCGUGACGGCAUCCGGCAGCGAAUCCAGAAAGAAGGCAGCACUGGUACCGUCCAGACUGAAGUUCGAAAGAUACAGAUGACCGUGGAGGUUAAGUCCAUUGAGUACGAUGCCGCUGGAAACUGCAUACGGUAUUCAGGCAAGAACUGCGAGGGAGUCUGCAGAGUGCUACGUGCACUCAGAACGUCGUGCAAUGGCAGUGGCAGCACUUUUCCUGAAUGGGAGGCGCUGCUACAGUUGCGAUCUCAACAGCAACAUUGGCGAGUGGGCUGCGGCAGAAGCGGCCGCAGUGGCAGUGCGGUGGUACCCGGCCAUCACACGAUGCAAAGAAAGCGAGGCAACCAUGGCAACCUGGAAAAACUGCUCGUGGAUCUGGCCGAACGCCCGCUUUCGCAAGAGGAAGUUGCUGUUGUACUGCGAGAGGAGAUGGAGCUCUGGCAUCGCAACCCGAAGUUUGCAACCACCCUUCUUAAAGCACUGGCGACAAGAAAUCUGCCUUCGAUAGCUGCCGAUGUUCUGGCCGUCAUGGCACAUCAGUCUGUCGAUGUGAACGUAAUCCACUGCAACGCGGCCCUUGAUGCAUGGGGCAAAGGGCGAUCAUGGUGCGAGGCGGCCAAACUCCUGGAUUUUAUGAAGCAAUCGAUGUUGAAACCAGAUUCGCUGAGCUACACCUCCCUCAUCUCUUCUUGUUCCAAGGACAGCUUAUGGUCUAAAGCACAGCAGCUGCAUAGUGCCUGCCGACGGACAGGAACAAGGAGAGAUUCGACGCUUUACAACGCUUUCUUGGCCGCCUCGCCCUGGUCACGGGCCUUCCUCGAAGUCUCGGCCAUGGUGCAGUCGAGGCUUAGGCCUAGCAAGGUGAGCUACAGUGCGGCUGUCUCGACCUCUUGCUCGUGGGAACAUGUGUGCAACAUGAUGGCCCGCUCAGAGGCCUGCUCCGUCCUGCCAGACCAGAUCAUGCACAACCACUUCAUAUGUGGCUUGAACUCUGCCUGGUGGCUGACUGUGGAUGCUCUGGAAAUCAUGAGGCUCAGGAGAGUGAAUCCAGAUAAUGUAAACUUGAAAUCUGCGCUGACUUCAGUCGCAGCUGGAAGCCAAUGGCUGAUGUGUCUGCAGAUGAUGACUCUGAUGCUGCAACCGAAGCCGUUGGCGGGACAGCGUCAAGUUUCCGACCUACGCAACGACCUUCGACUGAGCGUGGCCAAUGCGGCACUGACGGCCAGGUGGGCAAACUGGGGACAAACGCACAUCGUCUUUCAGGACCUGCGAAGAUCAGCAUGCAGGCCAGACCAAAUCUCAGUGAACACGGUCAUCAAAGCUUGUGGAGAUGGAGAUGUGGCCGCAUGGACUGUAGCACUGCUCCUGCUGAAGGAGAAGAUUGAUCUUGUUGGACUGAACAGUGCAGUGACCGCACUGACGAGGUGCAGCGUCUGGCGGAGUGUACUUCAGCUUGCAAGCAGUGGCAAAGGUUUGGGAUUGCAGCCGGAUGCUUUUACCCACAGCGCAACACUGCGAUCGAUGCCAGAAGGGCGCUGGCAGCAAGCACUUUGCCUGCUUGACUGGCUCUCCCUUUCCUCUGCGAGCCUCGUCGCAGUCAAUGCAGCUGUCGGUGCCUGUGCUCGGGCAUUGGAGUGGGAAGCUGCCUUGCAGCUUUUCGAGCAGAUGACACAGUGGAGGCUGAAGCCAGAUCAGUUCACACGGAGUUCGCUUAUCAGUGCAUGUGAGCCUGGGCAGUGGCAGCUUGCUCUCCUCAUUGCCGUCUCAUGGCAAGGUAUCGAUGUCGUGAGUUGCAGUGCUGCAGUCAACGCCUGUGCAGCUGCGCGAAAUUGGCAGCUUGCGCUCGAGUUGCUAUGGGACAUGGCCACCGCGAAUGUCAGUCCGAACGAAGUUACAUUCAAUGCAGCAUCAAGUGGCUUAGAGAAAGGAAGCCUCUGGCAACCAGCGCUGCAACUCCUUCACUUAAUGCCACCCCUGCGGGUGGCUCCUGGCCGUGUGAGUUACAACGUCGUCGUGUCUGCCCUGCAGAAGGCAGCAAUGUGGCGACUGCCCUGCCAUUUGCUGGAAUGCAUGGGCGACGCUAGCUCAACUCCGGAUGCAGUGUCAAUUGACACGGCGACGCUGGCAUGUACAACCUCCAAUUGCUGGCAGCCUGGUCUAGCCCUUUUGCAGCAGAGUCUGGAAAGCAAGAGCCUCCCAAGCGCUGACUGCUACGCUGCAGUUGUCACAUCCUGUGCUGUGGGCAUGCUGUACAACCUUGCAGCACAGCUGCUAAACGAGCUGCAGUGGCAGCGUGCUUGGCCAGAUGCCAUGCAGAAGGAAAAAGGUUCAAGAGUCAUGCUGCGGCAGUGGCGACCGGAGAAUCAAUGGGUGAAAAUGGGAGCUCAUCAUACCUUGGAGAUUGAGCUCAACAACAAGCUAACGCUUGGCAAGGACAGGUGGGAUGCCAUGCACCUGCAGCAGCUAGAUGAGGUGGCUGUCCUGCUGAUGGAGGCAAGGGCGGCGCGUCGCCUCGAAGAUUCGGAUGGUCUUAAGUCGAAGGUGAUCGGGACUCUGAAGGGCGUGGAGGGAGGGGAGAAGCGCCUAGGUACCAGUGCCGCCAUGGCUGGGACAGGUGGACCUCGCCCUGUUCUUGUGGCGGCCUUGAAGGCCCUGUCAGAGGUCUCCGAGGAGGCUAUCAUGGAUUCCCUUGCGGAAUUCCGUGUGAGCCACCGUGCCAGGCUUGCUGCCUUGUUCGGCCAAAGCGUGGCAGAGGGGUUGGGCGCGUACCGCCUCCAGUUAGAACAGGCAACGUACGAUCCGGCCGUUCUAGCUUCUGCUCUUUUUGGCGAACUACCUGACGAAGGCCCUGUUCGUGAUGAUCUACCUUCGUGGUCUCAGGACCCCCCGGUGGCCGAUACCCGUCAGGAUGCAGCAGAGGAAGAGUUGAGUGGGGCCCAGGUUACACAAACAACGCCCGAGGACUACGCGGACACGAUCCCGUCCGAGGUCUACGGCUACUCCUCGAAUGAGCCCCAGGCCGCAUGUGCAGCCGACACAGGUGGAGUUUUUGGUGGAGUUGCAGCAGUGCCUGCCCUGUCAGCCGAGUUUGGUGGUAAACAGGCUGGGCAGGAAAAGGCGCCACCACCCCCUCUGCCGGUGGAAGUUUCGGAGCCUUCGGCUUCUGGUUCGGGCCAGACUCCUCCCAAGGCGACCUUGGCGACGACAGCGGGCGCGGCAGACCCUGUCAGCAAGAAGAACACGCUUCUGCGCCCGCCAGCCUUUCCACCAGUGACCUCUACGGCUUCCUCGUCGACUACAAGCAAGCCCCCUGGACCACCUGUUCGUGAGACCCAAAAGGACGUGCAGUUCCCGUUCGAGGAGCAGAAGAUGGCUUACCCAACUGGGCCCCGAACCUUAAAGGUUUCCGGAGGGCACACAGCCGACACCGGUGCCAUGCAUGCACCCAGCAGGGAAGCUAGACUUCUCAGUCAGGUACUGGGCCUAGGUGCCCGGAAAAAGAGGACAGUCGUGGAGCCAGUUAGGAGUGUCAACAGAGGCCUCGGACCAGCCACACCCAAGCUGGACCUCCGCAUUGAGAAUGCCAAUGAUAGGUUUGCUGCCCUUCUCCAGCAAGCAUACCUGGAACUCAAGGUGUCGUUUGACGAUCGCCUCCAGUUCGCGGCCCAGGCGUGCAUUACUGCAUGCUGGUUCAUGCUGCGAGGCAUUGAGCUGGCCAAUGUCCAGGCGCGAGACGUUGUGUUCAACCGCCAGGCAGGGUGUCGUGACACCACCCCACCAGAGCUCUUCGGCACCGCCUUUCAGAAAUGCGGCGUCGCAUCCAAGUUCCAGGUGAUCAUGUUAGCGAGGGCCUGCGCUUUCAUCCUGCAGCAGGAACAGCUCGACUCCUGGGGACCUGAGGCGAUCAACCGCUGGUACGUCCAAGAAGCUGCAGUGUUGCUGCCUGAAAAAGCUGCGUCAGCAGACUCCAUCAAGCUAGCAGUGGAGAAGGCACUACAGGGCACUCAGCUUUUAGUGCACAACCCUAGGUGGGUCACCUUUUGUGGCAAGUGGUGGUAUGGCACUAGCCGCACUAGACGCAACACGGAUCAGAGGAGCCCCAUGACGCAGCCAGCAGCUCUGCCAGACCUCAAUGACGUGGCCGCCCGGUCCGGCUUCGACAAAGAGAUGGUAGCGUUUUUGAAACAGAAGGGGAUCUCGAACAGUGGCCUGUUCCUUCACUUUUUCAAGGACAGCGGGAACAUAGGUUCUCAGUCCCAGGCCUCUCAGUCGGAAGCCACCGAGAAAGUGCCCAAAGUUCUUCCUAAGAACUACUGGUCAGAGUACGUGAAGGAGUUCGAGUCGGUCACCUUGUUAGGCAGCCUCACAACACCAGAUGCCGAGACACGCGAGUGGCUACAGGGCAACGCUUGGCAUCUACCAACAGCACGCUUCCUUCUGUUCGUGUUGUUGGCUGUGUGCAACGUGAUUCCUGUCACGUCGGGUCCCAUCGAGGCGUGGUCCGGCAUCCAGUGGGACCCGCGCGAAGCUGAAGCACUACAGUUAGUAGGACCCACGGAGAACCCGUUAGAACACCUUCACUGGGCCCUGGGCAUUGAAGGUACCACCCUCAACUUUCCGCCGCACAACCCGUGCCUUACUUGGGCACUGAAGUUUGGCCAGUCUUUGGGCUCCGAGCUGCAAAGGUGGAGGAAAGAAGUUGUCAGAGACGUCCGGGCCCUCAGAGAGGACCUGCAAGACGAACAAGAAGAGUGGUUGCAGUCAGCACCCAAACACGUUCGUCUAGUCUACAAGCAGGGCGGAGACAAGUUCGUUUUGCAGCCCUUAGUGGUCUUACACCUCUUGCGCCUGUUCGAAUUCCCAGGACUUCAAGACCUUGCCGACGAGCUCCAGUUCGGUUUUAAGGUUCUAGGACCCCUGCCUCCAGGUACCCACUGGGACGUUCGUCAAGACGCUAAGUACAGCAGACCUCUGACAAAAUCCCAGUUCGCAUCCUUGAACGGUGAACACAAGCAUGCCCUGGCACAGGAGCAGGGAGGUUCCGAGCACACCCCCGCCAUGCUCGCUGAGAUUGACAAAGAGAUGUCGAAGACCAGGUUCAAAGGCCCAUUCGUGCCCGCCACAGUGGCAGAGUCCCCAGCAGCUUUCGGAUCCCGAGCCUUCCCGGUAGUCCAACAGGACAAGGUUCGCCGAGCGGAUGAUUGGCGCCGGUCAGGACACAACAGCACAGUGUUCGUCCUCGACUCACCGCCUUAUGCGGGUACGCAGACGGUCCUCACGUCAGUCCAAGCAGCGGCAGAUUUCGGCCAGCCAGUUCUGGCAGCUCUCGACCAUGAUGGUGCCUAUAGGGCACUCCCAGUCAGGGAUCCUGACGAAUGCUUUGUGUUCGUCCCGUCAGAGAAAGGACCAGAGGUUUUUCAACACCUCGUCCUUCCUUUCGGAGGGACAGGCAGUGUCUGGGCUUACUUGAGAAUUGCCGAUGUUAUCUGCUUGAUCACGUUAGUUCUGGCAUACAUCCCAGCUUCUCAUUUUGUAGACGAUUUCUACUUCAGCGAGCCUGACAAGACAGCAGACUCAGCUUUUGAGUGCUUUUGCCUGCUGCAGUCCCUGUUAGGCUUCACCAUGAAAGAGAGCAAAGCCCAGAAACCUUGCUCCAAGUCUACCCUGUUAGGGGUCCUCUGGGAGAUCCUUCAGCAGACUGUCACAGCGGGACCCAGUCAGGGGCGACUGGAGAAACUCCAGUCGUUACUCGAGAAAAUCCUGUCAGACGACAGCCUGACACCCGAAGAAGCCGCCCACCUGGCAGGAAAACUCAACUUCGUUUGCUCUUGGGUUUUUGGCGGAGCGGGCAAGGCACUGCUAAAGUGCAUUUACACACGUCAGCACUCCCCUUUCCCGCAGAAGAAGCUUAACGAACCCCUCUCAGCUGCCCUAAGAAACCUGUUAGCUCUUCUACCUUCCCUGAAGCCCCGUGAGUUCCCGUUGCAGAGAGGAGUAAACACCCCACGUCCGCACGUCCUGUACGCGGACGCUUUCGUGACACUGGCAGGGUGCUUCCAGUCAGCUGCCAAGUGGUUGAAACAAACCACCCCUUUGCAAGUCUUGAGAGGAUCCGUGAACGGACUCGGUGCAGUCCUGUUCGCAAACUCAGGACAGAAGUGGGCUUACAGAGCCACGGUUCCCAGGCACUUGUUAGCACGAGCUGCCACCACCAAGGCCUUCAUCUUUUGGUUGGAGGCGAUAGGACAGAUCGUCAGCAUAGCAGCAGCGGCCAGGGUCCUGUCCGGUGACGUGCUGUGCUUUGUCGACAACGUGGCAAGUGAGCACGCCUUGAAGAAGGGCUACUCCAAGGACCCUCUUUUGACCAACUUGUUAGGCUGGUUUUGGUGCUGGGCUGCUACUGUCAGGCUCAACCUAAUCUUCGUCAGAGUUGCAAGUAAGGCAAACUUGUCAGACCAAGUCUCCCGAGGCGAGUGGGAGAUCAGUGACUCGUUGGGCUGCUCUCGACUGUACCCAGACUUCGACAGCAUCUGGGACCUCCUGUUCGAGAUGACUAAGCAGCCUGUGGACCCCAAGUCAGACCUGUUCGGUGAGCUGGUCAACCUCCUGGCCGUGCCCCCGGUUGCCCAGUGA